UGUCGACCUAAUCUGUGUCACUGAAUGUACUGUUGAGCUCCUAGCCAGCUGAGAGAUAGUGGAGAAUAAUGUUCAACAAUUUACAUUGAAGUCAAGUUUGAACUGUGAAUUGCUUGAGGACACAAAUCUAUAGGACUUGUAAUUGACAUUGCUUGUCAACAUUGCCAGAUUGCAAGGACUUGUUUAAUUGAAAUUGGGGAAUACUUUGAUAUUGGACAGUGAAUUUCAAUUGAAAUUUAAGAAGUGUUAACUCCUUAGUGCAAAUUGAAUUAAACAUGUUACAAAUAAGAUAUACCAAUUUCUGACAAAAUUGUAAUUGUGUUAUUGAACUACAUGUAAUGAGUGUGACCGUAUGGAUAUGACAAAUUUAAAGUUGUGCACAAGGUGCUGACAUUUAUUAAAUGAUUAUUCAAACGCAGUUUGCAUAUUGAUUAUUAAUUAGUGUUCAUACAAUAGACCAUUACAACAACAAUAGGACAUGUGAUUUUAUUCAGUUUGCCUCACCAUCAGUUAUAAAAUUGCCGGAGGGUUGUAGUGAUAUCAUCAGAUGUCAGAACAGUAUGGAAAGCUGUGGAUGGUUUAUUGGUCUUGAUAACAUUAGACAUUAUACAUUAUACUGGUUGUAUUGGUUCGGACAUUGUGAGAUAUAAAGUGGACAUAGUACCAUGUUUACACUAUGAACAGUUAGCACCUAUGCCUAUGGAGUAAAAAAGAUAUAUUACCACAUCUUCAAAUUCGUGUUAUUUUUUACAAUAUUUGUGUGAAGUAUUUAUGUUUGUUUGGACUUGUUCGGUUAUGUUUUGAUUGUACACUUUCGUAAGGGCUUUGGCCUUUAAAUUUGUUUGAAGUGUAUGAGACAGAUUUGCGUCCUCAAUGUGUUUUGAUAGCGGAUUUUAACAAGUGUUAUGUCUUCUUUUUUGUUGGAAGUAUGGUGUCAAACUGGUUUAAGAAUUGUGUAUAUUGUUCAGUAAUUGCCUGGAUUUAACAGACAGCCGAUAAUGAUGCAAAGGUUGCUAGCAAAAGCCCUCUAUGACAAUGUGGCAGAGUCCCCAGAUGAACUAGAUUUCAAACGCGGCGAUGUUCUCACAGUCCUUGAGCAAGAGACGAGCGGCCUUGAGGGAUGGUGGCUGUGCUCGUUGCGGGGGAAACAGGGCAUUGCCCCCGGAAACCGGCUGAAGAUGGUGACUGGACUGGUGGCCAAUCAUAUGCGGUCUCACACCAGUGAUUUCCAGUCAUUGGACAAGACUCAGCAGGAAUGGAACCGCCGCAGCUGGGAUGGCUCAAACCAUAAGGUGGUAACACCCAUACAUCAGGGAGACAUGUACACGUACGACCAUCCCAAAGGUGCCCAGCAACAAGACUAUGAUGUGCCGCCAACACGUUACCAUGGUAGCGCCCACUCUUCACGAGAGGACCUGCUCAAUGGAUCCAGCUCCAGUUUUGAGCAGUCCUUCUAUGACACUCCUCCGCAAAGCCGCAGUUUUAGAUCGGCAGACAACAGCGUGUAUGAAACCCCGCCAUCUCAGCUGGGUAUAGACGGCUAUGACACGCCGGGCGGAUCAGUCAGGACGAGUUUAGCUUCGAAAUUCUCUGAUGAAACUAUGAGUAUGUCAAGUGGAAUAUCUUCUUACAACAAAUCUAAUCCCCCGAGUAUGUGUGACUCUGCUCGUUCGAGUAUGGACAUUUCUCCGAUGGAUUUGUAUGACGUGCCACCUUCCCAGCGAGAACGCGAAGCAAGGGACAGGGAGGCCAAGAUGGCGUCCUAUCCUAUAAGAUCGUCUAAAGAUUCUGGACUGGACAUGUAUGAUUCACCCCCAAAAAUAAAAUCUGGAGCAUCGUUGAACGAGGAUUAUGAUGUUCCUAAAGGUUCCGCUGCAGAUGGAACUGAAAUUCAUUUUAAGAAUGUGCACUUCCCACAUUCUGAGCCAACAAGUCCUGGGGGCUUUCGUGAGGAUUAUGAUGUUCCUAAAUCGUCACCGUUUGCUCAAAAGCAUACCUCCAAUGUUAACAACUUGUCUGUUGCUUCUAACACAUCUGAUAUGGAAGAUUAUGAUGUGCCAAAACAACCAACUCCUGUCAUGGGCAAACCGCCUAUUGCUGCUAAGUCAAAACGACACAAAUCAAACUCAAUAGGUUCACUGUUAGAUGACUACGACACCCCUCAGACGCAUAUUUCAAAAAAAGUGACAAAAGACGAUUCAUAUGCUAAAUCUGGUACUAAGAAACUUUUUGAUCCGGAAGUAUCUGAUGAGGAAAAUAACUACGAUGAACCAGACCAGUCUGACAGUGUAAAACAAGCCCAAAUGUUUGGUGCAAAACCAAAAUUACAUAAGCAGGAGCAUGCAAUUGAUGACAUUUAUGAUUCCCCAAGAAGCAAUGCACCAGUUAAAAACAUGACAAAAGAGUUUUCAGCGUUGUCUGUGUCAUCCAAAAAGCCAGAAGUACUUGGUGUGUACGACAUACCGCCUCAAGUUACGAGGGACUCAGUGAUAUCUGCAAGGUCAGACUCAUCAGAUGAGAAAGACGAUGGCAGUUACCGUCUGUCAACGUGUAGCAGUUCUGAUUCACAUUGUUCAGAACCGAUCAUUUACGAUGAAUUGCCCCUUGAUCUGGAUGCAGCGAAUGAUCUGAUAAUAAAACUGCAACAGGACGUUCAAAAGAGUGUUAAUAGUUUUCAAUCAAGUACGCACAGCUCUUGGCGUAAGAAGGAAAAUAUUGAUCAGAGACUGUAUGAAAUUAAAAUGAGCUGCAGCAAAGUAGAGCAGGCCCUUGGUGAAUUUGUGGAGUUUGGGCAAGGUACGCUUGCUAAUUCUGCAAAGCUUUCUGACCGUAAACUGAUCAGCAAAUUGAGUAAAUACUUGAUCCCCUUACAACAGGCAUUGCAACAAAUGAGAGUUUGUAUCAAGCAUUUAGAUGAUGCAAACUGGCAGAUAGCAAAAAUGAGCAGCGAUUCUAAUAAAAAGGAUGACUUGGGUAUAUUUGCAUCGCAAACCAAGGACAUUAUAAGCGACGUGAAAAAGCUUACAUCCUUUAUUCAAGGAAACUCAUCACUUCUUUUCAAACGUGCCAAAGAUUUCAAGAGAAGCGCACGAUCUACAGAACAUUCCACUCUUCUCGGACCCGGAAAGACGCCUGCUGGCAAGAAACCAGCGUUACCUGCUAAGACCCUUAACCUGUCCACAACAGUUCAAGCCAGACCUUUGCCUGCUCCGCCGCCAACAGAACGCCCUCUACCACCGACACCGACAGAUAAAAAGGGUCCACAGUUUGGGUUCACUACUGGGGAUGUUGGAAGUAAAAGAAACUCUGGAGAGUUUAAGCACUGGUCUGGGGAAAUACAAGUGAAACGUUUGAGUACGGAUAGCCUUGAUAGGGCCUCUUUCAAGUCGGACGAUUUAAUGCAGGAUUAUGAUUAUGUUGAAUUAGAGGAAGAAGAGAAGGCAAAGCAAAACAAACAAGAAAAGACAAUUCCAGAAGAGAACCAUGUUAAUGUUGUUAAUAAUAAAGAGAAACAAGAAUGUGAUCGCGACUCUUAUGCAAGUGACAUGGAGAAAACUCUUGAUGAAGUGAACGAUGUCAACAUUUAUUCUGAUGAUUCCGGAGGAACCUUGAAACGAGAAACAAAACUAUCAACAGAAACAGUUGGUGACACUGAAAGUGAGUGUGACACUGGGACACUUAAGAGAAAACCUCAUAUUGAAGACAGUGCAGAGUAUGAUUCAGGUACUCUUAAGCAUAACAAUAAUAAUACAAAUGAAGAGCCGGUGAGGGACACAGGAGAUUUUGUGAGGACUCCAGUAAACAAAGACUCAGAAAUGACUGUCAUGCCAUGUUUGGAACCGGAGUCCAAAAAUGGUGGUGGUUUACUAGCAGAAGAUAAGCAAGUUUUAGCGUUUUAUUCUGAACAGCUUGAAACUCAUACCGCACUAUUGACCAAUUCCAUUCAAGCCUUUUUUCAGUGCAUCGAAAACAAUGAGGCGCCAAAAGUGUUCAUUUCUCACAGUAAAUUUGUGGUAUUAUCCGCGCACAAACUUGUAUACAUUGGUGACACCUUACACAGGAAUGUGAAACACGACCAGAUACGGAAUCUUAUUAUUCAGAGAGCCAACUAUUUGUGUGACUGCCUGAAACAGACGGUGAACUCGACCAAGACAGCAGCUCUGCAAUACCCGUCCGUACCCGCGGUACAGGAUAUGGUUGACAGAGUGUUAGCUGUGUCUCACGCUGCCAGAGAUCUCAGACACCUAGUGACAGAUGUGUCGAACUCUUAGUGCUACUGGAUGUUGUGCUUUUUGUGUACUUUGUUGUUUAUUGGGUAUUCUUAGCAGUGCACGUGUAGUCGUGUACCUAGUUUUAAAUAUUGUUGUUUCAAUUGUUAAACAAACUGAAGAUUAACCCAGAAUUAUUUCCUUAAAGUAAUGACUUAUUUCCUUAAAGUAAUGACUUGAACAGUUUUUUAAUGAUUUUAAAAUUUAUUUUGAAGCGAAUAAACAUCAACUACUUGAACUACUGUAGUUAACAGUCACUUAAAUUUGCCGUGUAAUUGUACUUUUUUACUUACCAAAUGUAAUAUUAAUUAUUUCAUUUGUUCUUAACCCAUUUAUGCCUAGCGUCUUGAAAAAAGGCCUUGGCAAAGAGCAUAGACCCAGAUGAGACGCCGCAUGAUGCGGCAUCUCAUCUGGGUCUGCGCUGUUUGCUUAAAGGAAUUUUGGUAAGAAAAAUUCUAAAUAUACUAGACAUCCCUUAUUUUGGAUAUAAAUUGAUCAAAUUAAGAAGGAUAGGAGAGUCCACUGGGCUUAAAUGGGUUAAACUUUGCAGUCAGCACAUGAAGAAUGUUUAUUUUAGUUUGAAUGAAUGUUUGUGCCAUCACUAUAUACAAUACUGAUUUACAAUAAUAGUGUACCUCUAUAUUUAUAAAUUAGUGAAUGUAUUAUUAUUUUUCUUUCAAAAAGCUGUACAUAGGUUUUAUUAUAUGAGUUAUAACUAAUAGCAUAUAAAGUAUUAUGAAUGUUGUUUCUGUACUCUAAAAGAGUUAUGUGUUACAUGUGUAUUAGUAUUUAAUUGACAGAUUAUUUUUGUUGUUAUGAUUUGUAGCACUGGUCAGUGUGGACACAAGGAUAUGUGUCUUUUGUAUGUGGUCACACAGAGCUAUUGAUCUACUUAUUCUGCAUUUUAAUAAAUAGAGCUUCACAUAUUUAUGAGCAAUCAUUUGUAAUUAAGUCUUCAUUUUACCUCUAAUGCACAUUAACUUGCAGGUCACACAAACAGGACAUUGAAAUCAAUAGAAAUAAUGAGAGAAUUUUUGAUAAUUUCAAUGAAUAUGAUAAUAAUUCAAUCAUUCAGAUGUGUUAAUUUAGGUUUUAGUUCACAAGAAAUGUUUAGAAACUAAAUACACUUGAACUGGAGGUGGCAACCUUUGUUUAUUUCUUGACACUAAUAACAUCAAGAUGUGAGGCCAUUUAAAAAGGCUUUCUUUUUCGUGAUUCAAACAGUCUUAAGGGUAUUUUUGUUUGGUUGAAUAAAGGAGCAGAAUAAAGUGGGUUUAAUGUGCAUUUGCGUAGUGUCGUCCUAUAUCAGUCUGCACAGGCCCGUGCAGGUCUUAAAGGCUAAUCAGGGAUGACACUGUCCGCAUUUUUUUAAAUAUAUUUUUUUUUAGAGUCUUCUUAUCAAAAAUCCAGUUUAAGGUUAAGUGUCGUCCCUGAUUAGCCUGUGCAGACUGCUUAUAUGUUAACAGUCCUGACCAUUGCAUAUCAUAUUCUGAGAGACUUAAGUAAUUCAGAUUUCAACAAUGUCUAUGGUUAUGUUGGAUGUUUCAUUUCUCUGGUGAUAAAUCAGUAUAAAGGCAUAAAUACAAAAAAUAAGCAAGUUGCAAUGUUAAGUUUUUAUUGUGCAUAUAUCACAUAGAUUGUCAUGCUAUGGUAUGAAUACGGCAUUAAUUGCUUAUAAUUGCUUCUGGCGACCAUAUUUUGUUAUAUGUAUAAUUGUUUUUUUGUUUUUUUAAUUUAAUCAAGGCAUACAUGCUUGAAUGGAAUUCAAAGUAUUAAAAUAAAAAUAAAUACUUUAGAAGA